AUGUAUGUGGUUCCUACCUGGAAGUCCAAAACAGCGGACACGUUGGCCAGUUUUCCAGGUUUGCCUCACCAAACCACGGGCAAUGACUGUGGUGUCUUCAUACUGAUGUAUGCACUCAACUUCAGCACAGAUGCUCCACUUUGGUUUACCGAGCGGGACAUAGCACAGAUCCGGAAAUGGUGGUGCAUUAUGCUGAUGGAACGGUACCAGAUUGAAGGCCACGGACAGAGGUUUUCUUACUGGACCAAUGAGGCCAGAGAGCUGCUCAAAGGGGCACUGGAGCCAGUGUACAGGGUCCCAAAGAAGCGAAAGACCGAACAUGAGGUCCAGUUUCAGAAGUCCGACAUGUGCUUCAUAUUGGAGCUGCCAAACUGUGUUCUUGCGGAGAUUCUGAUGGAAAUGGUUCUCCAGGAAGGUGACAAAGCGUACUCAACACUCGCUCUAGUGUGUACCACCUUCAGAGACACAAUGUCCACUGUGUCUUUCAGAAGAGGGGCCCACUUUCGCUGGCUUGAGAGUGUUGCUACAUGGAGUUGGUUCUCUGCUUCAUACAAAGAGGAUUUCAACGUCAUGUACACUGUUGACACCUGCCGUGGAUGCUUGGAGCUAUACAAAAACUGCAAACCAGGUAGGCUUCUUAUUCUGGAUAAUAUUGUUUAUGUGGACAUGGAGGAUAUGGAGGUUUUCCCCUCCGAGAGUUCAGAUCAGCAGGAUUGUCUGUAUGAACUCCCACACUCCCUUGUGGCUGGACGCUGGCCUUAG